GUGUCUGACGCGAAAGGUUUUUUCGGUCUGUGCGCAGCUGCUUCAGUUGUAGUUUUUCUACGUGUUUUAAGAGAAAAAGUGAAUGAAGACAUCAGACAGAGAACAGAAGUCCUCCUCCUCGGUUUAGGUCCAGCCUCACCCUCUCUCAGAUCAUCUCCAUCAUCCUCCAGCUCUGAUGUCGACUCCAGAUGCAGCAGGGACUCCAGGAGCUCCCGGGGCCCCGGAAGGUGAGGGGGGUCCUCCAGCUCAGGCCCCCAACCUGACGAGCAACAGACGACUCCAGCAGACACAGGCACAGGUGGACGAGGUGGUCGACAUCAUGCGCGUGAAUGUGGACAAAGUCCUGGAGAGAGAUCAGAAGCUGUCGGAGCUGGACGACCGCGCCGACGCCCUGCAGGCCGGAGCCUCGCAGUUCGAGAGCAGCGCUGCCAAACUCAAGAACAAGUACUGGUGGAAAAAUUGCAAGAUGAUGAUCAUCAUGGCCAUUGUAGGUGUUAUAUUUGUUGGCGUCAUUGUCUUGUAUUUCUUCUACUGAGCUGCUCUUCAGGGAUGGACGCACAAGUCGCAGGACGAGUCUGCACCACCGAACGCCAAAUCCAGCCUCUCCUCAGUGCUCCUCCACCCCAGCGAUGCCUUCCUCCAAAGCCUCCACGCAUGCUCGCGUAACGUGCUCCACUACCUCCCUAUCGUGCCUCCGCGUGAGGCCGGUUUCCUGACUUUGUUACCGUGUUGGGUUUACUGCAGGUGUAAAAUCUGUUGACCCAGGUUUGUCCUUUAAACACUGAAACAAAAAGAAAAAACCUCCUGCUGCGCCUGGCUUUUCUGCAGCUCAGUGCACGCAAGAUGCAGUGUGAGGUUUACUGGACACCAGUAAGAGCUGCAGUCGAACAGUCAGCUGGCUUCUCUUCAGAGGGUUUCAGAGUGACCCAGAGGGAUGUGAGCUGUUUGAGUUCCUUAAAUACAAAGGAAAGGAGCAUCGGUGCUUCCUUUAUUACCUCCUUUAGCAGAGGAUACACUGGAGCAGUGCCAUCCCAUAAUUCACAGCAUUGCAGACUAAUCUUGAAAUAAAAUGAGGUUUCUGUGUUAUACUAAAAAUCUCUACCGCAAAGUAAGGCUUUGUGUUUUAAAUAUAAAAUCAUCUGCAUGAAGAUGAUCAUCUAUCCAACGUACGAUAAUUCAGUUCACGUAAUGCAGCCUUUAGGAUUCUCAUCGUCAGUCGUGGGAAUCUUAAUAAAGGCAGGACUGGAUCGCCGGAUCAGCAGGAAGGGAAAUUAGAGAUGUUCAUCUUUUCUGUAAAGUUACAGCUUUGUAAAGACGAAAGCCUGCAUCGAACUUUGUUAUCAGGCUUGAAACCCAUUGUCUCCGUCAGGCUUUGAGGUUUCGGUGAUCAGCAGCAGAGGAAGCCCGACUAUGAUGAACCUGCUCACCUCUCAGAACAGUUUGUUGCCUAAAUCGACCAAUUCUGACUUUCUCGCUCUUCCUCCCAACGCUCACGCCACGAAUCCUCAUGAGCGACACUGAAAUCAGGUUUCCUGCUCGAGCUUGAAACAUUUAAGCACAGCUGCUCUUUCUGUGUUAAACCUGGGUUUACAGAUUCCUGCUUGGCUCUUCUCUCUCUUCAGACCAUUACUGAGCAGAAAUCUGACUUCCUGCGUGAUUAACCCACCCGCUCGCUCGCCCAGCUCCGUCCGGCUGUCCUGCAUUUGUUUCAUCGUGUUGUGAACCAGCCUGAGUUUUGUUAUCUGUGGUUUGAAUGUUCAACAUGUUUCGUUGUUCAGCCUGAAUCUGAUUCCCGUGUGUGUGAAGGAGCUUUGAGGCUGAAGUGAUUAUUUAACCUUUGAAAUAUUUUAGUCCAUCUUAGACCGAACGGUGGAAGCUGGGAGUCGCUCAUC